AUGGCGACCAUUACAGAAACCACCACUGAUGUGGGUGCGCAAUUGUUACAAACCAAGGACAUUGCCACCCGCCUACUGAACGGCACCCUCCAUGCCGAUUAUCCUCCUUUCGAACAGUUCAUGACUAUUGACGGCCUGCUGAAGUCGCAUGCUGCUCAGCCAGAUGACACGCGGAAGCCACUAAUAUGCUAUCCUAUUCGGGGUGCUGCUGAUUUUGAAGAACAUACCGCUGGCGAUAUCGAUCGAUAUACCGAUGUCGCUGUUCACUAUUAUAUGAAGCGGGGGCUCAAUCCUGCGAACCCUGCUCUUGAACAGGCUCCUGUGGUCGCUAUGCUGGCUGGUUCCAGCUUCGAAGCAAUAGUGACCUUCUUCGCACUGAACCGGCUCGGUUAUGCUGUGCUCUUUCUGUCAACGCGUCUCACAGCCCCUGCCUAUGCACGGCUCCUUGACAUGGCAAAUUGUAGGGAGCUCAUUAUCGCAAAGCAGUUUGACCAGACUGUUCAAGACAUAUCCGCUAAGCGGACUGGCUGCCAGAGUUAUCCCAUUCUACAGCGCGCCGACUGGUUUAAUCGUCCAGCCAGCUCCCCGCGUUUCCAACGAGCCGAUGUAGAUCUUGCGCGCGAAGGAAAAAAGACAGCGUGGAUUUUGCAUUCCUCAGGCAGUACAGGUUUUCCUAAGCCCAUCUUCCUGACCAACCUUCAGACUCUGGCCAACUUUCGUAAGAGUUUUGGCCUCCGCCUCUUUACGAUUAGCCCGCUAUUCCAUUCUCAUGCACUCAUGGAGUUGGGCCGCGCGUUUUAUACGCGUGCGCCUUCAUACCUGGGGAACCAUGCGCUGCCAGUCACGUAUCAGAACCUUGUGGAUUCCCUCCUGGUUGCGCAGCCGCAGCAGGUCAGUGCCGUGCCGUACGUGAUCAAGCUUCUUGCAGAGAAGCCUGAGGGCAUCCAAUUGCUCGCAAAACCGAGACUCGUGCUCUAUGGUGGCUCCAGUUGUCCCGAUGAUCUUGGAGAUCGUCUCGUUGCCCAGGGUGUCAAUCUGGUGGGCAACUAUGGUGCCACGGAAACGGGCCAGAUUAUGACUUCCUUCCGGCCGCCAGGGGAUACGGAGUGGCAAUACAUGCGACUGCACCGUCCUGUCGCGGAUCAUACCUUGAUGGAUGAGAUCUCACCUGGAGUCUUCGAGUGCGUCGCGCUGGACGGUCUUCCUAGCAAAGGACCCUCCAAUUCCAAGGCGCCGUUCAGUGACAAGAAUCCUGCGAACAGUUUCAGAACCGCAGAUCUGUUCACUCGACACCCGGAUCCAAAUAAGAGCAACUACUUUAAAUACCUGAGCCGCCUGGAUGACAGGAUUACACUUGUGAAUGGAGAGAAGGUCCUUCCAAUCCCCAUAGAAGGACGAGUACGAGAGGAAGAGCUUGUGAGAGAGUGCGUGGUCUUCGGGUUCCAGCGAACUGUGCCUGGUGCAUUGAUCUUCCGGGCUGCAGAAAAGGCAUUGGAAUUAAAUGAUAAAGAAUUCCUGGAAGCAAUUUGGCCGGCGGUAGAGGCAGCCAAUGCUCGAGCCGAGACUUUCUCUCGAAUUCCUAAGGAGCUGGUGGUUGUCAAAGGCGGCGAUGUCGCAUACCCCAGGACAGACAAGGGUACAUUUAUCCGCGCCCAAGUAUACCAGCAAUUUGAACAAGAUAUCCAAUUAGCUUAUGACAGCUUUGGUGGGAAGGGAAAACAAGGAAGUCUUGCACUAAGCAUUGUCGAGCUCGAGAAUUGGCUACUCGCCAGAUUCCGUGACGACCUCGGCAUUACACUACGCGACGCCGAAGCAGAUAUUUUCUCCGCCGGUGUAGACAGUUUGCAAACGACGCAGAUCUGGAGAUACAUUGUGCAUGACCUGGACAUCGGCAACCAAGCAGAUGAACUAAGCCAGAACAUUGUGUUCGAGAAGGGAACGGUCAAUGCUCUUGCCAAGCAUCUCUACCAGAUGCGGACUGGCCAGGAGUUUGAAGCAGAGGACGAGAUCCAAGUUAUGCGGGAAAUGAUCGAGAAAUACUCAACGUUUACUCAACACUUCUCAUCUACCCCAAACCAAGGAGAGAAGCAGGUCGUCAUUGUCACCGGUGCCACAGGAAACCUGGGCGCUUUCAUCGUUGCUGAAACUCUAAAGCGGACAACAGUCUCAGAGGUAUGGGCGCUUGUCCGAGCACCAGGGCAAGUCGCCGCGGGGGCUCGCCUGGCACAGGCACUUACUGACCGCAAUAUCUCACUUUCUGAUCAUGAGUCCGCGAAGCUUCGCGCUGUUCCUAGUGAUCUGUCACAGGCAAACUUGGGCCUGGAAAAUUAUGUCCUGGAGCACCUGCUUUCGUCCACGACGUGCGUGAUUCAUAGUGCAUGGGCUGUGAACUUCAACCUGGGCGUGCGAUCCUUUGAACAGCAACACAUCCGUGGCACCUAUAAUUUAAUAAACUUCUGUCUGCGGUCCAGAUUGCCGAGUCCAGCACAGUUCUUCUUCUGCUCGAGCGUGAGCACAGCCAGCGGGACCCCAAAGCCAGCCUCGAUCCCGGAGACGAUGAUAGAGAAUCUCGAUCAUGCUCAGAACAUGGGCUACGGUCGCUCCAAGCUGGUCACAGAACAUAUAACACGUAGUGCCAUGCGACAAACAGGCAUGCAAGCGCGGGUGCUGCGUAUCGGCCAACUUGGCGGCGAUAGGGUCAGCGCGCAGUGGAACGACACCGAAGCUGUGGCUCUGAUGUUUCGUAGUGCAUUGACAACAGGUGCACUCCCUGCGCUGGAUGAGAAUCCGAGCUGGCUGCCAGUGGAUCAAUGUGCUCUUGCCGUCGUCGAUCUCGCCAUCAAAGGUGCUGCCGCCAGUGAUGAAGUUGACUUGGUGUACCACCUGGUCAACCCGCAGACGUUUAGCUGGAAGAAUGAUCUCCUCCCGGCUUUGACGCAAAGCUCGGCACUGCCGUCAUUUGAAGUCGUAUCCCCCCAGGAGUGGCUUCAGAAGCUGGCCUCGAGCGAGCAAGAUCCGGAGCAGAACCCUAGCAUUAAGUUGAUUGACUUCUGGCGAUCGAAAUAUGGGGGCGCUGGGCAGAAACUUCCGAUAGAAGAUGCCGCCCCAACAAAACCUGGUGGACUAGUUUUUGAGACAGCUCGCACCCUGCAAGACUGUUCCUCCUUGGGUCAAGUGGAGAACCCUGUUAGCCAUGGAUUGAUACACAGAUAUAUCGAGUCUUGGAUGGAACGGUGGACGAAAUAA